AUGGCUCUGGAACUCGAAGGGCUAAUCGCUCGUCUAUUGCUCGUCAUCUCAUGUGCCGGUGAACAGGGUCUAUCAAUCUCGGAAUUCAAUGAUGCUGCGAAAUUAGCACUCUGUCUGUCUGACAGUGCUGCUUCUUUUCACAACAACCAAGACGUCAAUCUUCAGGAUCUAGGAUCGAAAUCCUCUGAUCAUGCAGUCGCCACAAUUUGGAAAUGGCUUGUCCGACGGACCGACAUAUCCAUUGGGCCUCGCCGAAAGUUCAAUCACUUGAUGUUCUCAGAGGUGUUGGCAUUGGAAAAUCUCAGCAAGGGUCGUAACACUCGUCGAGAGGUAGAUUCUGUCAACGGCAAUGGGCGAGCGCAGCAAGCUGUUGGCUCUACUGCCUCGGGGCCUGGCGAAGGUAGUGACAUUCGAAUAUACGCUUCUCCGGAGAUAAUGUGGGAGGCUAUCACGGGACACGCGAUAGAUUAUAAGCGCGUUCCUCGUUCCGAAUGGCUCUUGCUUCUGGGCAUCGCUUCGACGAAAGCGCAGGGGAUAUUGCAAGGUGACCUUGGUCGCCUAGUUGACCAAGACAAGCGCUCAGUACCAAAGCGAACGGAUGCACUAGUCAAGAAAGGGUAUAUAACCAAGCGAACGACUCUUGUUCGGGGAACAAAAACAAGCAAGAUGUGGCUCAAAUUGUUUGCUCCCCCGUUGCCAAAGGACAGGAGCGCAGCCGCGGAACCGGAAGCCGAGAUGAAUCUUUCCCGCCAGGUCCUUGCCAUCAACCUCGAGGCCGUUCCUUGGCACACAAGAUGGACUGGGGAGUCUGUCGAUUACACAGCGUUAGCAACCACUAUCAUGGCAAUCUGUAAGGAAUGGGGUGUUUUACGAAUGCAAGACUUGAAAUCUAAGUUGGGUGUUCUUGGCAUGCGAUGGCAAAUGAAAGUGGUUUCUAAAGUCUGCCGGUUUCUGAAUGCGCGAGAUGCGAUUCGUUAUGUUGCUGCAAAGUUGAACAACAAAGUGUUUAAUGACUGUGUUCAGUUCAAUCGCGAUCUGACACCCAAGGACUGGUCUAUAUUCCUCGCAACUGGAAAACGAGCCGGCAAGCUCGCUAGAUCCAGCGAACUCUAUAGUCAAGAUAGUCACGACGUUACCGACUCUUUUUUCAAUCAAUCUGCCUCUUCGAAAUGUCUAGAGGUCGCCCCAACGUGGUCAUCGGAUCAACCCUUGGCUGCUACUAUCGCAAAAAGCAUAAUGGCAUGCGGCGAGGCAGGUUUGACGAAUCCAGAUGUAUACUCGUUGCCAUCUCUUCCACAGGCUUCGCUCUGGGUGCUUCAAUCGCCCGAUACUUUGCCAACGAGUAUCGACGAACAGGAGGAUCAGGAGCAACGGACCGACUCACGCCUAUCAUAUGGGUUCUCACAAGAAUUGUACUCCAUUGGGAGUUCAAAGCUAGCUAAUCUCAGUCAAUCCAACUUAUCUCAAAGGAGACAGAGAGGCAGGCCUCGAAAGAUUAGAUCAGAGCAUCAAUUUGAUCAGAGUAGUGAUCAAAACAGUCCACAAGAGGCAUCGCAUAGCAGUCAUACCGGCGUUCAUCUCAUAAAUGAAGACCACAGUGAUGCGAGAGACUCGAUGAUCAUCAAACUGAAAGCACCACAGGAUGCUCUCAAAGAACUCACGAGCCCGCCUCUUAAACCACAGGCGGCUAGUCAACAAACUGAUCUCCUUGAAUCCGCGUCAGCAACAACAGAAGCAGCACCGGACAUUCUCACUGGCGAUGUGACUCAAGCCUUGAAUACAUCGCUAUCACCUGAUAUACGAGUGCCUACAGAAUCCUCUCAUUCAAUAGGUCGUGGCCGGGGCCGGGGGCGUGGCCGGGGAUCAAGCCGCCUUAGAUGGAAAUGUGACAAAUGUGGCAGGACUUGGAAGAAUGAUAUUGGCCUGAAAUAUCACCUCGAAAAGUCUCAAACUUCCUGUAAUCCAUCUUAUAGCCCGUCUAAUAUCGAUGGAUUCCGCAGAGAGAAGUCUAUCCCUCGUUCAACGAGAGCAACUAAGUUGGCUGAGAUUCCCAAUGCCGUCCCUGCUCCAUUGACAAGGGCUUCACGUCAGGUCGCGGGUAAAUCAACCGAACAGAAAGAAAGGGGAGAAAAAGACCAACAAGAUGAUGAUGAUGUAGAGAUCUCGAGAUUCAGGUUGUCACCAGCAGAAACGAGAACCAAAGUUGGUAAAUAUUCACAUUAUACGACAUCGCCAACUGCUCUCCGUCACCCAAAAGAGAUUCAUCGUUUAAGUCAAUCUUCCAACGCCCAAUCCAAUUCAGACCAUAGAAACGCUUUGAAUCUUUCAUCUCUUCCAAAGGAGCAGAUUGCUAUUCUACGGGUGGAUAUGAAGCAAUCAAAUCAGAUGCUUGGCUUAAAAAAUCGGAAAUCCAAUACCAACCAGUUAGAGAUCCUUUCAGGUACCGGAUCUAGUUUGAACCAGCCUGGACGGGAUUCAGGCCUCACCCCCCUUGUCGGAGAGAUGGACGUCUCGAAUGCCGACACAACCUGUAAGCCUGAUUAUGAGACUACUUCCCCAGCAUAUGGCGCAGGGAAGACAGAGGUAGAAUUGGCUAGCAGUCAGCAAUCAUAUGGGCCCGUGUCUCGCAAUGGGGCAAGUAAGGUUUCGAAGAAAAAGCCUCUCAGAAGUGAGGUUACUGACCAAAUCUCUGCGCUCCUGAUGGAUAUGCUUGUCCAACAGGAUGGGGUCCUUCCCGGAGGGCAUUCUCUUUGGCAUGCUCUCACCACCGUAUGGAAUACUAGAUACCCCGAGAAACCAGUACCGAAAACGAAGGACUUCCAAGGGGCUCUAAGCCGAAUGAUCAAAGCCAAGUCAGUCCUGGAGCAUUGGCAUGGCUUUCAAGAUCAUAGCGGACUCUUCGCCAAAUGCCAGGUCAUUACGUUGCCGCAUCUUGAUGCUUUCUCCGCAGAAACUCUGAAUGUUGUUGAGAGUAUCAAGCAGCGACACCCUCAGCUCUUCAUACCCACGCCGUUUCGGUCUUCGGGCAAUAAUGUUGAAUAUGGAGAGAGGAAGGAGAACCGCCGAGGACGUCGUAUUCUUGCUGGUGAAGUCGCACAGCUGGACGCUCCAGUGUAUGUGGCUCAAGCUUCAGCCAAAAGGCGCCACGGAAUGAUGAGCGACAUAACCACUCCAAGCAAGCGAAGGAAGUUCGCUCAGAUCAGUUCAAAUAGUCCAAAUCUCGCAUCUCUUUCCACCCCACCCCACGACAAGUAUGAAGUAAGAUGGGCUGCAACCAGCUGGCUUUCUGACAAUAUUGCGGCCUCAAGUCAAAACAAUCGCAGCAUGGUUCAUCCGACUCAUGACGCGAAGAUACAAUUCUUGGCCCCGAACGUAUUCUUAGAUGAUGAUUGGUCUAUAAACGAUCACGGAAUGCCACAGGGAACAACACGGCCCCUCCGAUUUUCUGAUAUAAAUGCUACUUUCGAAGACUCACCCACCACUGUCGCCGUAAAGGUUACUAUGACUGAACCUAUGAAGAUUUCAGUUAAUGAUGGAAACUGGCCAUAUCUCGAUUUGCAGUUUUUCGAGGAAAAAAGCAACAGUUCUAGCUUCACGUUAUGUGGCUGGAUGCCUGAUGCAGAGUGGUUUCAUUGGGCUGACAUGGUCCAAGGCCUUGACAAACGUAUAUCCGGGAAUGAGGCUGGAAGGCCAACUCCUGCCAUCAGUACCGAAACUGCUCAUGACAGAUUCAUGAAAGGCUUAAUCGACUGCCUCGAUCUUGAGCUAGCUGAAAGGGAACAGUUCAUCAAGGCAUCUCCGCUGGUUGCUGGUCCAUACAAUUUAUUCGUGAAUUUUUCAGUUGGUUUUGAAAGUGUUGCUUCAUUACCUAGUCUCAAGUGGCAGCACCAGGGGCCAUUAAAUCCCCAAUCUGUUGACCAGAUUUUGCACGAAUCAGAAGCCUUGACAUCAAGCGAUGAUGAAGACUCCGAGUUCAGCUUGGAUGCUUCAGUCCUAAGAUAUUCAAGGCGCCCCCUGAAUGUUGGCGACAUGACACAAUCGAAGAUUAAAAGGGUGGCUCUGAUAACUCGUCCACUUACCUCAAUAUCCCCGAGGGGAACGUACGGAAUAGACGAACCAGGGGCACUGGAGAUAGAGGACGGCCAGCUGGCAAGUCAGGGAGACCUCCUAGCCGCUUUCGUCGUCGUCCGAGUCUUGCUAGGAGGUGCAGAUAAAGCCAUCGAUUGGGGCCUUUUACUUCAUAUCUUCCCGAAUAUGCGACUGGCUGCCUUGCGUAAAUUCUGGGCAGUCGCAUGUAAGGAACAGGGGCCUCAUAUAAAAAAAUUUACCCGAGAUGUUCAAGAACGGCUGACUGAAGCUUUUGAAAGCCUUGAACUCCCCAUGCUAGACUUUGAAAACCCGAUUGAAUACGAUUGGCAAAUCCUUAUUAAAUGGGCGACGAGGAUAUCUCGCCAGGAAGGCUACCAAAUCCCGCAGACAAGAGACCUUCUUGCCCACCGAUUCUUACUCAAAUCCAACAGAUCCAGCGAGGAAGAUUGGUGUGAGAGAUAUUUCCAUGCUCAAUCAUCGAUUUUUUCCAGGUUUGAGGCGGUUACAUCAGAGCCCGGUGCACUACCAGUCAAUCAAGCCUUUGAUUGUAUAAAUGACAAUGCCAAUGCCGCGAAUGCAGAUAUUGCAAGAUCAUGGAUCAAGUCACUUUGCUGCACUAGCGAAGCGAAAUACUCUGUGCGAAAGAUUAAAGAAAAAUUCCUCACCUUGUCAGGGGAAGGCACAGAACAAGGCUCGCUACUACUUAAGGAAGCCAUCGAUCAACUCACAGCUCAAAGGGUCAUUUGCAGGAGCAAAAAGACGCCAUUUGGAGGGCGUCCAUAUAGGCUCAGUGAGUGGUAUUUGUCAACGUUGAGCAGGGUGGCGCAACGUUCAAAAUAUGAAGAGGCAGCAGCUUUCAAAAUCCGUAUGGAUAGCAUAUUCCAUACGGGUGAGGCGUUUGAGAUACCGUACACUCUGAAUGACGGCUCUAUGAUGGCAUUGACGAACUUGAAUGCUGCCGGAAGAAUUACACUUGCCCCCUUGGACAUACCGAAUAUCCCCUUUGGCUUCGAACCGGGUAAUUAUGAGAGUCGAAAGUAUCCUAAAUCUUAUUAUCAUUUCCGACUUCAGGCCGUUCCAACGGACCUGUACCAGUACAGCAAUGACAUUGCCGUGCUACAAGCUGUGACGCAAGAGGAGUUGCCUUCUACAACUUUGAAAGGAGAAAUCCCACAAUGGAUUGACUUUUUUGGAGAGAAAGACAGCAAGAGAUGGUCCGAUAUACUGGGAGCCAUUUGUUUCACUUAUGCCACCAAAGGACCCAUGGCUAUCAGGGACGUUUGUAACUCUUUGCGGCCGAUUCUCGAUGAAUUUGAGGCGAGUCUUAUUGUAAGCUGGGGCAUAAAAACGGGCGUUUUUGAAGAGGCCAUGGGUGGAUUGGCUGUAACUGUGGGAGAGUGGUGGUGGCUGGCUGUACCAUGGCAAUACAGUCGACAGUGA